AUGUGUGGCAAUCCAUCGACGACCCCUGAUAACAUUGGCAGUAAUAAGGGAGCUGCUGAUGCGAAAGAUAAUCUGCUCCCCACGAAACAAAUGUCGGGAACCGCCGCCGAAGAGCUUCCAGUGCUCAAGAGUGAGGCGUACCGGUCUGCUGGGGUGGCUCCUCAGCUCAAGACACUAGUGGAUGCUGAAUCAGAAGAGAAGGACGAAAAGAUAAAACUGCCAACCUUUGGAAGGCACUCAAGCAUGCCUCGUACCGGUAUAGAGUCGCGAUAUCGAUGCAGUCCCAUAUGCAACAAACUGUACGACCGCGAAGCCCAAGAGAAGCAACUUUUGGAGGCUUAUCAUCGGCGCACAAGGCAAGCAAAUACCAAAAAGGCUGCAUCCGAGCUCGUCAUUAUCACAGGCAAGAGUGGACAAGGCAAGAGUCACUUGGCAAGAUCCCUACGUCCCAGAGUAGAGCAAGAUGGAGGAUUCUUUAUCACUGGCAAGUUUAACCAGUUGCACAGCCAACUAAGGCCCUUUGCUGCAUUGGAAGAUGCCUUUCGGGAACUGAUGCAACAACUCAAGAGUCGACCUGAGCAGACCUUCCAAGCUAUGCAGGCACGGGUAACAGAAGCAGUGGGAUCGGAGGCCGCCAUAUUGGCCGAAAGUUUUCCGUCUCUGCGCCAACUAUUGUCAGUACAACAAGAACUUGGUAAACCAGAAUCUUCCGUUGACAAUGCACAAGAGAAUGGGACCGCCGCUACUGACACUGAGAAGCCACCAGAUGCGCAGCGAAGAAUUGCUCUUUCCUUUGUCCGCUUCAUGAGGGCCAUCUCCUGUCACCAUUCCAUCGUAUGGUUCUUGGAUGACAUGCAAUGGACUGAUCAAGGAUCACUGGCACUCAUCGAAGCUACCAUUCAACAAUACGCAAACAGUUCGGGUCUCGACGGGGAAGAGGGGCCAUCCCAUGGUGCAACUCUUUCCUCAGGACUCAUGUGCCUGGGAAGCUGUCGUGGCAACGAGGUAGCCGUUGAUCACCCACUGUCAGUCAUGCUCAGAGGCAUUGAAGAUUCGGAAGACUGUACCAUCACAGACAUCAGAGUUGGCAACCUGGGCAAGCAAGCCCUCUGUGAUAUGGUUGCAGAUCUACUCAUGAUCCCUCCCUCACAAGAAUGCGAGCAGAUGGUAGAACUAAUCUACAAACAAACACAAGGGAACGCUCUCUUCACUCUGCACUUGCUACGGAGUUUCCAAGAAGAUGGAUCCCUGUUCCGAAACUUACACGGGGAUUGGGAUUGGAAUGCUGGGGCCAUUGCAGCGAGAUUAGUCGAACGCGAUACUGCCUCGUCAGAUUCAGAAGAGUCUCUUGUUUCUCUGCUGGCAAACAAGGUGCGUCAGCUACCAACAGAAACGCAAGAAAUCCUAAAGGUAGCGUCAUGUUUGGGAGUUGAAUUCCACAGGGACGUGCUCUCCAAGGCUGCCCGGGCUUCUCUGCCACAAGUCCUUAGCGUCCUGAAAGUCGCUUCCGACUUGGAGUUUGCCGUAUACGACGAACAAGAGCGCAAGGGGCAGUGGGUACAUGACAAACACAUCGAAGCGACGCAGUCUCUCAUCCCUGAAAAUGAAAAAGCCGCACUGCAUCUACAGAUUGCCAAGAAUCUUGCAGAAGAGGCGACACCGGAUGAGUUCUCCACCAAUUUGCUUUUGAUUGUCAAUCAUUCGAUCAACGGGAGCGAGGCAAUUGAAGUGGAGGAUUGCCGGCUCAAGCUGGCGGGGCUCUGUCUCGAAGCAGGACGAAGAAUCGCAAAGGGCUCUGCUUUCUCCGCCGCAUGUUGCUACUUUGAGACCGGUAUCUCUUUGCUAGGGGACGGUUUGUGGGGUGACCAAUAUGAUCUCAGCCUUCACCUUCACAACGCAGCCGCCGAAAUGGCCUUCAUCGGGGGAGACCAUGCAAAGACUGAACGAAUGGUGAACGCUAUUACACAGAACGCAAGGAGAUUUGAGGAUGUGUUGCAAGCCUACAAGACGCAAUUGUUAUGUUUCAUGUCGAGGGAACGACACGAAGAGGCAAUCUCGUUGGGGUGCAAAGUUUCCGGGCAGCUUGGUCAGCAGUUUCCAAAGAAGGUUGGACCUAUUGGUCUCGUGAUGGAUCUCCUCAAGACGAAGAGGGUUCUAAGACGAAUUGACGAUGAGGAGAUUCUAAAGUUGCCUCCAAUGACGGACUUUCGAGCGAUUGGUUUGAUGAGCAUCAUCCAUGUCAUGUAUGGGUCCCUCAUAAUAUCCAACGUGAUGGCUGCACCUCUGGUUGGUUUCCGCCUCGUGAGGCUGACGGUCCGUUACGGCUUGUCUCCACUAAGUUCUAUUGGAUUUGGGAUCUACGCCUCGGUGCUGGGCCGCCUGGGUCUAGUUGAGCCGGCUGCAAGAUAUGGCCAGUUGGCUCUGAGACUGAUGGAAAAGUUUCCGCUCUCGGGCGCAUCACCCAAGACGCUAUGCACUGUAUGGGGCGAUGCAUUGCCAGCUUCUGUUUCUUACCGAAACUGUGUCGACCCCAUCGUCGAAUCACACCGUCUGGGUAUCUCAAGAGGCGCAACCCACGUUGCGAUGAUUGCAGCGUUUGUGCAUUGUGCCAUGACCCUCGUGAUCGGUGCACCCUUGAGAACAUUGGAGCGUCUAAUAGUCCAAUACAAACACGAAUGCUACGAGUAUGGACAGCUGUUUAUGGUCGACAUGCUGAAGAUUACGCUUCAGGGAUGCCGCAAUCUCCAAUCGACAGGCCUGGUCUAUCUCACCGGUUCAGCGAUGGUAGAAGAGGAAAUGCUCGAGAAGGUUGCAAACCAUAGCACUGGCUUCCUGUGGCUGCACCAGAUAAAGUAUCUGCUGGCAGUGUACUUUAACGAGUAUGAGUACGCAGAUUCUCUCACACCAGUGAUUCGCAAGAACAUGCGUUCUGUUGUGCUUCCGUUCACCGGUACCGUCCAGACAUUUCUCCAGGGAUUGGUGUCCGCCGUUUUGGCCGAGAAGUCACGCAAACAGCACAGGGUGGCCCGGAAAAGAUUGACGGAGCUCAAAAAGGCAGCCAAAGUGAAUCCAGAUAGUCUCCAAAACAAGGUUUGCUUGCUGGAGGCUGAGUUGGCACGUGUAUCUGGGGAUGUGGACUCGGCAGUCGCCAAGUUUGAAGAAUCCAUCCAGUUGGCGCAUGCCGAAGGAUAUCUCCAGGAACAAGCCCUUGCUUGUGAACGAGCUGGAAGAAUGCUGUUGUCACAUCAAAGGGAAGUCGAUGCGGUGCGUUACUUGGCCACAGCCAAAAAGCUGUACAGAGAAUGGGGAGUGGCAGACAGAAAAGUGGAGCAGCUUGACCGUCUCCUGACAACCAAAGCAGUCCGAAUUUCCCGAGCGGAAGAGAAACUCGCGAAGUUGAUCAUUGGUGGGCAGGAAGCUACACCCCUGAACCCCUCCAGUCUUGCGCUGGGCGAGGAGGAGAAUCCUCAUGAGUAG